GAGCGCUUUCGAUAACCGUUUGGAACUCACACAACGCAAGGCGACUUCGAGGAGGAGAGGAGAGGAGAGGAGAGGCGAGAGAGACAUGGACGGAAGCAUCGAUCCCUCCGCCGGAGCCGCGUCGGACCUCGACAUGGCCCUCGAUCUCGACCUCGACCGCGGUGCAUCCAAGCGCCCCUCGCGCUCCGCCCGCUUCCAGCCGAAGAUGAAGGGCAAGGUCAAGAUCGAGCCCCCAACCCGAGUUAAGCCCGACCCCGACACCGGCCCUCCCGCCCCAGACCCCGUCAAGGAGGAUCCUGGACUUGGCUCUUCGUCUCAAGGUCCCUCGUCAUCCCGACCGGACGCUGAGGUCGCAGCGAGCUGUGCGAUGGACGUCGAUGGAGGUUUCGAGGAGGAAGUGGAAGAGGAGGAUCCCGUGGUUCGCGAGAUUGACGUAUUCUGUUCUCCAGCUACUCUCGAUGUGGAUUCCUAUCUAUAUAUUUUGCAGUAUGUACUUAGACCUUCUUGGAGACCAUACGAAUUGAAUGAAAGAUGUGAAAAGGUUCGAGUGAAGCCAACAAAAUCAAAGAUUGAGAUAGAUUUGAGUCUGGAUAUUGAUAGUGAGAACUAUGACCAAGAUGUUUCUGGUCCCUGUAGGUUAGAGAAGCAGAUUUUGUCUUCAUCACUGACACCUUCAUUAGCUAGUUAUGCUAUUGGGAUUUUGGAUGGAAACCAGUUACACUUAAAUCCUGUCCAUGCUGUUGUCCAAUUUCGUCCGUCAAUGACACACUUAAAUCCUGAGAUGAAAGAAAAUGCGCAGACUGCCGAAUCAAGUACAAAAUCUGACACCAAUGCUGUUGAUUCACCUGGGUUUUCCAUCAAGCAGGAAAGGUUUGGCCAUGCCAGUUUAAAUAAAGGAGAAAAUGAUGAGCCAUGGGUGUCACUAGAAUAUCAUCCAAUUGAUAGCCACCUUACAGAAAGAUACCAUCAGAAAAUGAUUUCAGAAGAUCAUCAUCAAAUUCCAUUUAUGAUGAAACCAUCUAAUUAUGCCGACUUAUUGUACCCUGGAACAUCAACAAACAGUAAGACAACAAAAGUUUCUUCAUUAAGGUUCUUGCUCUCACUCCCCUUGGAAGAGCGGUUGAAGAAAUGGCUUUCUGAGGUUUCUCAGGUGAAUAAUUUUAAUGCACUCAUGGAUCUUGCUCCAGAUAACUCAAAAGAAGAUGUUCUGAAAGUGCUGCUGCAUUAUGCAGAUUUGGUUCAAGGAUUGUGGAUCACAAAGAGCUCCUUGUUGCAUGAAGGCGAAGCUGCUCUGUAUAGAGACUAUCUUCUUUAUCUAUUCAGUAUGAAUCCCAUAAUUCCAACAGACAAAUUGAGGAUGAUAAAUUACGCUGGUCUAAAAUCUAUACUUGUUCCAUUGGCUAUUGAAAGGCGCAUCCUCAAGCACUGGAAGUUCAAAGAGUCUACUGAUUUUAUCUAUAUUAGAAACAACCCAGAAAUUGUGGAUGAGCAGGAAAAAGCUUGGUUGGUACGAUGGAAUAAUAUUAUUAAAUCUCUCGGUGAAAGGAUGCAUGUCCCUACUCCAAGUGGAAAAAGAGCUAAAGUGGUCGAUGGUGCGCGUGGAGGCAAAGAUAAGCCAGUGAAUACAGCAAUGUCGACACUGUCAACUGAGACACUUGAGCAUCUUCCAAAGAUUCUCUUGAAAAUUUUCCAGGAUCAAAAAAUUCGUAGUAUGAACUCAGUUAUUAAUGGAUUAAGGGGCUUGGCAAUCAGUAACUCCUCUCGUCCAAGAGAAGACCCUAGAACUAGAGCGAUCAUCAAUGCUGCUACUAAUGGUGCAUCUGCCCCUGUAACUGAGCUCCAAGCUAUUGUGAGUCAAAUCGCGGUGGAUGUACAUGGUGUAUAUAUUCUGAAAUCUUCUGGAAGUUCGGAUUUCCAUCGAUUAAGAGAUGUUGUCAUUGAUCUUUUCAGGGGCAAAGAACCUAAUGCAAAACUCAAUAAGCAGGAGAUACGCAUAGCUGCUAAAACUCGUCUCCAGAAGGAUAUUACUGAUUCUGACUAUAAUCAGGUAAUACGCGAACUGUGCGAUUCUAGCAAAGGAUCAUGGGUACUGAAAAGUGGAGACCAGUGAUUGAAGAUAUGAUGAUGGAUACUCGGAUGUGAAUAAAAAUAUGGAGACUAACACUUCCUUUUUAGGCAAUUGCUCAGUUUUUAUCAGCCAAGAAGAACACCACACCAUUGCGAGAUGGAACAGUUGAAGUUCAAUGUCACAUCUUGCUUUUGUUUCUGGGUUUUGCAUAUUGUUCGACAACUGGACGCUUGAUGAACUCAGACGAACACUGACUAUUUGAAUUCACCUUUUGGGAAUUCUGCGAUGCGCAAAGGUAACCAAUGCCCUCUUCAUUAUCCGGAUUUGAACUCAAAUCUUUCAAGUUUAACUUGCUUGCCGCCAUUAUACUAAGUGACCUCUGCAUGGUUUGAACUGAAGAACUUUGAAUGGAACACGAUUAAACUAUUACUUAACCAUUUUACACUAAUUUUGCAUUAGGCUUUCCUGAUCCAUGUUAUUAUCUGGGCAGUGUUUCUAGCUUAACUAAAUCUCUUGUCCUUCGAAACUUAAACAAAUAUAAUCUAGAUUUUCUAUUUGAGAAAAUUUUAUGUAGAUGCUUAUACUUUAUUAUUGUUUCUUAAAUCUUGAAAUUAUAAUUUUUGUUUUACUUUC